AACAAAGAGCUAGACAGAAAGAGAUAAAAAAAAUGGUUAUGGGUGUGAUGAAUAUUGAAGAAGGUGCUUCCUUACCUGCAAAGAAUACUUUUCAAGUCUUCAUGUGCAGUAUCAUUGCCGCUGUUGGUGGUCUCAUGUUUGGUUAUGACAUAGGAAUCUCAGGAGGUGUGACGAGUAUGGACACUUUUUUGAUAAAGUUUUUCCAUCACGUGUACGAGAAGAAACACAGAGUACACGAAAACAACUACUGUAAAUUCGAUGACCAGCUUUUGCAGUUGUUCACUUCUUCUCUAUACUUAGCUGGUAUCUUCGCCAGUUUAGCCGCUUCAUACUUAUCCAGGAGGUUUGGAAGAAAACCUAUAAUCAUGUCUGCUUCAGCCUUCUUCCUCUGCGGUGCUAUCCUCAACUUCUUUGCCCAAGAACUCGGCAUGUUGAUCGGUGGUCGUAUCCUCCUUGGCUGCGGCAUCGGUUUUGGUAAUCAGACCGUUCCAUUGUUCAUCUCAGAGAUCGCACCGGCUAGAAUCAGAGGAGGACUAAACCUCAUGUUCCAGUUUCUCAUCACCAUUGGAAUCCUAGCAGCAAGCUAUGUCAACUUCUUAACGUCUACGGUGAAAGACGGCUGGAGAUACUCUCUUGGUGGUGCAGCUGUUCCAGCCUUGAUCCUCUUGAUAGGUUCCUUCUUCAUCCACGAGACACCAGCUAGCCUCAUCGAGCGAGGUAAAGACGAAGAAGGGAAGAGAGUUUUAAGGAAGAUCAGAGGCCUUGAAGACAUUGAACUCGAGUUCAACGAGAUCAAACGCGCCACAGAGAUUUCUAACAAAGUGAAAAGCCCUUUCAAAGAACUCUUCACCAAAAGCGAGAACAGACCGCCGCUGGUGUGCGGAACGCUGCUUCAGUUCUUCCAGCAGUUCACUGGAAUCAAUGUAGUUAUGUUCUACGCUCCUGUCUUGUUCCAGACCAUGGGGAGCGGUAACAACGCUUCUCUGAUCUCUACCGUUGUCACAAACGGUGUGAACGCAGUCGCUACGAUUAUCGCCGUUGUCAUGGUUGAUAGGCUCGGUAGGAGGUUCUUUUUGGUCGAAGGAGCAACUCAAAUGACCGCUACACAGAUAUCUAUUGGAGCCUUGCUCUUAAAACACUUACACCUAAUCGGACCCAUUACAAGUCGCUCCGUGCCACUUAUUGUACUGAUUCUCAUCUGCAUCUACGUGUCUGGAUUCGCGUGGUCGUGGGGACCAUUGGGAUGGCUUGUUCCGUCUGAGAUCUACCCUCUUGAAGUGAGAAAUGCAGGUUACUUCUGUGCAGUGGCUAUGAACAUGGUCUGCACAUUCGUUAUCGGACAGUUCUUCUUGUCGGCGCUAUGCAGAUUCCGAUCGGGCUUGUUCUUCUUCUUCGCAGUCAUGAAUGUUAUCAUGGGACUGUUUGUCAUCUUCUUUCUACCUGAGACCAAAGGUGUUCCUAUUGAGGAUAUGGCUGAACAGCGUUGGAAGAAGCACUGGCAUUGGAGGAAGUAUUUUAAGCAGAACUAGAUAGUUAUUUCUACUUAGUAUUUUGAGCAUCUUCACAAACUUUCUUGCUACUUAGGUAGGGUUUCUUUAUUUUGG